AUGGGGCAGGCGGGUGAUCCUGACGCUGAUGAACAUCGCGCUGUUCGGCACGAGCGUGGUGCUGCUGCUGGUCUCAGCGGAGCUGGAUUCGACCUGCUGGCCCUGCGCAGUCUGGGCAUAUGCAGCUGGGUGCUGGUGCUGACGGUUCUGCUGACGCCCGUCACCUGGCUCGGCUCGCCCCAGCACCUCAGAGCACCAGCCAUGUUCGCGCUGGUGUCAGUGGUGCUGGGCGCCGCGUUGAUGCUGGUGCAGAUGAUGGUGCUGCCGCCGGCGGUGGCGCCGGUGGUGCCACUGGCGCCAGUCAGCCUGUCGAGCUUCUGCCUGGGCCUCAGCACCAUAGUGUUCAGCUUUACCGGCGUGUCCACCUUCCCCACCAUCCAGCUGGACAUGGCCGACCGGGCUCGCUUCAGUCGCGCCGCCGCCGCCGGUUUCGCAGGUCUCUGUAUGGUGUACGUCCCGGUGGCGACCUUGGGCUACGUCAUUUAUGGAGAUCAAGUGCGCGACAACAUUACAGAGAACUUCACCGCUGGCCCCCUGCUCAUCAUCAUCCAGCUCCGCUUCGACGUGUCGGCAUGA